AUGGUGAAGGACAAGUCCCCCUCCAUGAUUUUUCUCAUGGAGAUAAAGUGCACUAAAACAAGAAUUGAAGAAGUUAAAGGAAGUCUGAGUUUUGAUGCCUGCAUCUCAGUUGAAAGUAGGGGAAGCAGUGGAGGUCUUGCCUUAAUGUGGAAAAAGAAUAUUGAAGUGUCCAUCUACAACUACUCUAGGUGGCAUAUCAGUGCUAGUAUCUCGAGUCAAACAGGCUCCCUCCCAUGGUUCUUCACGGGAUUCUAUGGGCAUCCUGAGACCUCUAAGAGGAAAUGCAGUUGGGAGCUUUUAAAAGACCUUAAACCUUUGCCUAACACUCCAUGGUUGGUCUGUGGUGAUUUCAAUGAAAUAACCUGUCAAGAUGAAAAAAUGGGAGGUCCCCCCAGGCCUUAUAACCAAAUGGAGAAAUUCAGAGAAGCUUUAGAUUUUUGCUCAUUGAAGAUGAUUCUGACUAGGUUCAAAGAGGCAUGUUGUGUUGUAUCUCCUGCAGUGAAGUCAGACCAUCUACCUCUACAUAUUGCCCUAUCAAGCAAGAGGCACCAGGGUAGCUCCCUUUCUAAGUUGUUCAGGUUCGAAGCAGCCUGGACACUUAAGGAGGGGUGUGCUGCUACCAUAAAGAAGGCUUGGGGAAGACAGGGUUGGGGAGAGGACCAAGUUCCACUAGUGGUAAGGAGAUUGAGAAACUGCAGCACAGAGUUAAAGAAAUGGGACACUAAUGAAAAUAGGGGUGCACCUGCUGAAGUUAAACAGAAAAUGUCAACCCUGUGUAAGUUACAAGAAGAGGGUCAAGGUGAGCAUGUGGACUUAAUGCUAAGAUUGCAAAAUGAGAUUGAACAAUCCCUUGAAGAGGAAGACCUAAAGUGGAAGCAGAGGGCUAAGCAGCACUGGCUCAAAAUGGGCAUUGGUGAAUGCAUCAAGGAUGUGCCCCUCAGAAUUACGGGUGAGAUGAAUGAACAUUUAGGGAGGGAGUUCACAGCAGAAGAAGUCAAGAUGGUUGUGUUCCAUAUGAAUGGCCUUGGCUCUCCAGGUCCAGACGGAUUCUCAGCCUUAUUCUAUCAAACAAACUGGAAUAACUGGAAUAUAGUGGGAAAAGAGGUUACAAGAUUUGCCCUCAACAUUCUGAACAAAGAUGGCUCUUUGGAGGGAAGCAAUGACAUUUUCAUCAAACUCAUCCCAAAGAUCAAAGAAGCCAAGAGAGUUUCUGAUUUCAGACCAAUUAGUUUGUGUAAUGUGUUAUACAAAAUAGUAGCAAAAGUGGUAGCAAAUAAACUUAAAGUUGUUUUGCCUAACAUUAUUUCCCAAAGUCAAAGUACUUUUUCACCAGGUAGAGCCAUCACAGACAACAUUCUGGUGGCCUAUGAAACUCUUCAUUCAAUGACAACCAAGAUGCAAGGGAAAUCAGGCUACAUGGCAUUCAAACUAAACAUGAGCAAGGCAUACGAUCGUGUAGAAUGA